UCUGUUUGGAUAUUUUUCUGUUCGGGAUUUCGAACGACACGAACGAGAUCAUGAGUUCCUCAUCCUACCAUGAGCAUCCUCACCACAAUCCCGAUCACUUUGUGGUAACGACUAACGCUUCUUUGCCACACGCGCAAUCCGCGGAAGACGACGACGACGAUGUCGACGCGGAAGAGGAGGAAGAUAUUUCGGAUGGCGAAGACGAUUCCAACCAUUUGCACGACGAUCAUCAACACACGGAUUCCAAGAACAUCGUCAAAAAGUUUCCGCGUAUGCAUGUGCUGCUGACCCCGCAAUACGAACCGCUCUUGGCAGCCCUUUUGGAAAACGUCGAAAACUCCGGAUGCGCAGCCAUGAUCUCUUCGGGUGCCAACUCACCCUGGCAAGUGGCCUUUGACGCAACCUUCUCGGGAAUUGCCGCGACCUUCUCGUCCAAACCCGUCGGCAAGAACCGCUGCCAAAAGUUCCGUAAGAAAACGGUCCAAAUUUGGGAAGCCAUGGAAAGAGCUAUUCGACUCGGUGAAAAAUCGGAGACGCACCCCUUGUACCGGCUCGCCAUGAAGCAGCUCGCGACCUACCGGAGUUUGGCGACGCCUACGGCGACCGGCAAACGGGGACGUCCGCGCAAAGUGGAUCAGGAAUCCUGGUUACAACAGGCCCGCCACGUUGCGGGCCUUUCGGCAUGUGUACCGGAUAUGUAUGGUACCGCGACGACGUCGACAACUACCGCCGCGUCCGUAAGCACAACCACAACACCGCGAAUGGUCGAUGCCAAUCGUGGAGUUACCUCAUCCACGGGAAAGGACGUGCACUUUGCCAAUCUCAACAACGCAAUGUUGGACGUUUGGAAAUCGAGUCUGCUACGCCUAGAAACUGCCUUGGCGAAAAAUCAAGCACCCGUCUUGCCGAGUCCCUUGCACGAACUGCACCAAAUCAAGUCUCGCACGACGAAUCCAGAAGAGCUCGAGUUGCUGGAACCACACUACCAGCAUGCGCUUGGUAAUUUUUUGACACAAGCGGCCACCCAAGCGGCGACCAGUGCGCAUCCCGCCAUGCUCCCGAGUCUACUCGAAGGAUUGGAUGCGUUGCGACAACAGGUCCCACACGAUCAGGCUACCUUGACGUCGAUUCAGUAUACGUACACGAACGUGUUGCGCACGUACUUGCAGCUCCUUCAUCCGAGUCUGCCGAACGCAGCCGCGACACCAAUGACCGCCGGUACCGACGCUCCGCUGCGCAAAAAGAAGCGCUCACUUCCUUUGGUGCCGCUCCCUGCCGACCUCGCGGCUCGGCACAAGGAUGACGAAGCCGAACGGAAUGACGUGGCUCUCCACGACGGGAACAUUCAACACCAGGACAUGAUGCUAAGCGAAGGAGAGGUUUCUCAUCACCAAAAUAGUCAAAUGCUAUAA